UGGGACUGCGGGAGAAAGGGGGGAAAGGGAGGGACCGAGGAGGUGGUGCUGUUCCACAUGGGUUCGCUGCCGCUGGGGCCUCAUCAUCCCCCCGAGCCAGAGGCGACGAGAACCGGUCCUCGCCGGCCGGAGAUGGCCGAAGACAAGGAAGCGUCUGUUGUUGAGGGGAAUGGUCCAGUAACUGGUCACAUUAUCUCUACUACCAUUGGAGGCAAGAAUGGCGAAGCCAAACGGACCAUUAGUUACAUGGCAGAGCGUGUUGUGGGUACUGGGUCAUUUGGAAUUGUCUUUCAGGCUAAAUGCUUGGAAACUGGGGAGACUGUUGCUAUAAAAAAGGUCUUGCAGGACAGGCGAUACAAAAACCGUGAGCUACAACUGAUGCGUUCGAUGGAUCAUCCAAAUGUGAUUUCUCUGAAGCACUGUUUCUUCUCCACCACUAACAGAGAUGAACUGUUUCUCAACCUGGUCAUGGAAUAUGUCCCUGAAACUGUAUUCCGUGUCCUGAAGCAUUACAGCAAUGUAAAGCAGAGGAUGCCGCUUAUCUAUGUGAAACUUUAUAUGUAUCAGGUAUUUAGAGGGUUAGCAUACAUUCAUGCUGUUCCAGGAGUUUGUCAUAGAGAUGUGAAGCCACAGAAUAUCCUGGUCGAUCCUCUUACUCAUCAAGUCAAGCUUUGUGACUUUGGAAGUGCCAAAAUUCUGGUUAAGGGUGAAGCAAACAUAUCAUACAUUUGCUCUCGCUAUUACCGUGCUCCAGAGCUUAUAUUUGGUGCAACAGAAUAUUCAACAUCAAUUGAUAUAUGGUCAGCAGGAUGUGUACUUGCUGAGUUGCUUCUUGGCCAGCCAUUAUUUCCUGGAGAAAGUGCUGUUGAUCAGCUUGUUGAGAUAAUCAAGGUUCUUGGUACUCCGACUCGAGAAGAAAUUCGAUGCAUGAAUCCUAACUAUACAGAAUUUAGAUUUCCUCAGAUAAAAGCUCAUCCUUGGCACAAGGUUUUCCACAAGCGAAUGCCUCCAGAAGCUAUAGAUCUUGCAUCCCGUCUUCUUCAAUAUUCACCAAGCCUUCGUUGCACUGCACUUGAAGCUUGUGCCCAUCCUUUUUUUGAUGAGCUACGAGAGCCCAAUGCACGGUUGCCAAAUGGUCGCCCUUUUCCUCAUCUCUUCAACUUCAAACAAGAAGCAGCAUGUGCUUCGCCAGAGCUCAUCAACAAGCUGGUGCCCGAGCAUGCGAGGCGACAAUAUGGUCUCACUUUCCCGCUUCCAGGUGGGACGUGAGACGGUAACUAGGCAGGACACUUUUUGAUGAAUUGCGAUCAGAAGCACGGAGGCCUUCAGGGUUUGAACGGAAAAUGAUGGAUGCUGAACUAGUGAGCUGCUGGUUUAUUAAGUGGUUCAUGUCUUAAUCCUACCAAUAUUGCAGCCUUGUAUAUUGCCUGAUUGUUGGGAUUAAAAAUGAUUGUAAGGAGAUGCUGAUGCUGAGUGUUCAGCAAAGGGCCAGAAAGUGGUGGCGGGUUUCGACUUUGUGUUAGAAGCAGAUGUAGGCCGAGUCUUCGCUUUGUUCUUUCUUGUUCUUUCUGAUGGUAUGUUAGUAUCUAGUAGUCUAAGUUGGACACUCUUGAAGCUUUGAUGGUUCGCGUAAA